CGGUAUCUGGUCGACGCAGCUUCCACAGAUGGCGUGAAGACGUGGUUAGCAUGGGGAAGCAAAAUCCCAGACAAAGCGUCUGUGCUUCUUUACUUUCUCUGUAUUUCUCAGCAACGACAGUCGUUGGAAAGCAGCUGCGCGUCUGGAUCCAGUGUGGCUUGUGUCUUCAUAAGUCUCGUACAAGAGGCAUCUAGUAGCCAGCUCGUCGCUUCCAGCCCCCCAAUCGUUUCUUCAGUGGCCCCGCACUACCAGUUUCCCCCUGAAGUGUGCUUGUAGCUGGGAAACGCAAUACUGUCGAACGGUUUCCAUCUCUAACGCCUGAAUGCGUCUCACUCCCAAAAGCGCAAAACAGGUCAAUCCUGUUCGGGAAUGCCUUUCGUGAAACAGCGAUGUCGAGGGGUGACAUCCGAAACGAGUGCAGCAGACGAGAGAUGACUAUAUGACGCGGGCGUCGAUAAGAUUGGCCGACUGAAAAUUGAGGCGACAGGCGUUAGUCGCACCUCAACCGGACGUCCUCCUGCUUUCCUUCUCCUAAAAAAUGAUGUUGGACAUUAACGCCAGAACACAUCGAAGCGUCUUGUAGUGUUCCUGACAGUUCAGGGAUUACUGGGUGCGUAUACCAGCGUGACCUAAUCAUACGCGCAUGUGGCCUAUGCACAUGAACCUCGACGACUCGUUGUUCUUUUGAGAGCUUCCGCCUUGCAGAGAAGCAGGGGCAGCUGUACGGAAAAAGGUUUUCUUUUCUCCAGUUGCGUUCCCCCACGUCUUCUUUGAAGCCGGCCGUGCACAUGCGGACGCUGUGUGGCGUCCAGAGGCCCAGAGACCACAGAGAGCUUCUAGCCAGUUGGUUUCCUCGUCAGAUUUGUCUAUGGUAUCUCGUGGACCGCAGCGGUAAAAUUCUACGGGAAAGGCUCCUUCUAUUUAGAAUCCGUGGUCCUCUACAGACCUACUGUGUCGCGUGACACUGUCGGUCUUGUUUUCUUUGUUGUCAUUCUCUCUCGACGUGUUCAGAGCUCCAACCCCCGUUUCGAAUUUCGUGAAUUCGGCUCCGUUACAGGGAGAAAUUGUGUUUCGUCGACGGUGACCUUGUGAGAGCUGUUCGAUUCCCUCUUCGCAACUGUUCCACGUCCUCGAUUUGACCGGCAAGAACCUAUCUUGGCCUUCAGCCCAACGGCUCUUUUACAUAUUCGAGAAACACCUGCAUAUACACAUCACUGUUUACAGUUAGGCGCACACAUCGACGCGACAACGCUGUCGUACCUAUAUAUGCGCGUGUGCAUACUUACGUAAAUUAUGUGUACGAGGGUGUGUGUCGUUUCCCUACCUUCCGUUUCCUCGUUGCUGCUAUCGCUAUUUUGCCCAAUAAACGCGUCGAUCCGCAGCGGAGGCCUGGAAUUGCGUUCUGGAGAUUGGAAACAGGUGCUUCGCCGCUGUGACUUUAAAGGCGAGGCACACUUUGGCUGGUUUUUCUGUGUGUGAUCGGCCGCUUUGACGAGCUCCCCCGCUCGCAUCAAAAAUCGACGACGAUCUGCGAGUUGACUGGACGAGGCGUGCUAGGGUUCCUCCCUCUCUUUACGCUGGCUCCUUGUGGCUGGCUGUUUCUCAUUUCCCCGAGGGAGAGCCAGAGCGCUUUAAGGUAGCAACGUGGGUUUUUUGUGGCCAGAUUGACAUUUUUUUCUUGCGGCAGAAGGCAUUUCACAGUGGUGAAGUUGGAUUGCAGUUCCUCCCCUUUCUUCAACGGCGCUCCGUGGCAUCGCUAGAUCCAGAGUCGCUCUUUAACUCGCGCAGCAACUGAGCUCUCGACGUCGGCCUGCUAGCAGCCACACCCGUCGUUGGUGAAAAAACGAGUUCCACCCGGCGGGCGACGACAGGGGCGGCGAGCGCACGAAGGCGCUCUGUUCUUGCAUUUUCUACUGCUCUUGUGGUCCGAUUUUGCAAACGCCGCCUGCCUUCCUCUCUAGUCUUUUCUCCGCGUUCUCUGAAAACGCAACGGAAAAGCACGUCGAUACCGGGAGAGCGCGAGUGGGCCAGAGAGCGCUUGCCAUCUACAGUGUGGCGCGGAGCUGGUAAGGAGCGAACAGCACACAGCCAAGCUUGCACCGCUCGGACGUUUUUCUUCGCUUCUGCCACCCAGGCGUUUUCGUGCGUCCACUUCCAGCGAAAACGGAGUUCACCCUCGAAGGCUUAACCAGACGUUGGGAAAAAAAGUUAUCGGCGUAGUUCUCCACACAGGCCGUGCGGGGGUCCUCAAGCGUCCGAGCCGACGCGCACGGCUUCUCUCCGCAAUCGCUUUUCUGGUAUCUUCUCUAGAGACGCCAGCUGGUCAAGUAUUCUCUGUACUAAGCAGACGAAGGAGGCCUUCCUCUUCGCCUGCAACCUUCAGAGAACUCGCGCGCGAACGUGUUCGCCAGCGAGGAGCUGCGAAACGGAAGGGGGAAAACCCACCCUGCUACGCUUCGUUUCCCGAGAGUCGCGUGCUCCCUGGGGAAACAGAACACCCAGGGGUCUGUUUUUCCGGCUCUGUGACAACGCCGCCUUUGGACGACCCUUUUUUCGCGACAGCACACCCUGCAACGGUCGCGCACGGUUGUGAGAGCCUUGCAGCACGACAAACUCGCCGCCGAGUCAACAGCCUCUCGACAAGACCUAGACGCGGCACACCUCUGCGUGGACUUCGACACAUUCUCGUGUGCAUGCAUGCAAGUGCCGUCGAGGCUUUGUUGUUUGUUGGAGAAACAGCUUUUCUAUCGAACGCGAGAAAAUGGGGCAGCAGGAAAGCACUCUUGGGGGUGCGGCCGGGGAGCCUCGCUCGCGCGGUCAUGCGGCGGGGACCAGCGGUGGACCAGGAGACCAUCUCCACGCGACGCCCGGGAUGUUCGUUCAGCAUUCGACUGCGAUCUUCUCCGACCGGUACAAGGGACAGCGGGUGUUGGGGAAGGGGUCUUUUGGUGAGGUGAUUCUGUGCAAAGACAAGAUCACCGGUCAGGAGUGUGCGGUGAAGGUCAUUAGCAAGCGCCAAGUGAAGCAGAAGACGGACAAGGAGUCUCUGCUUCGCGAGGUGCAGUUGCUGAAGCAGCUGGACCACCCCAACAUCAUGAAGCUGUAUGAAUUCUUCGAGGACAAAGGCUACUUCUACCUCGUCGGCGAAGUGUACACGGGAGGCGAGUUGUUCGACGAGAUCAUUUCCCGCAAGCGCUUCAGCGAAGUCGAUGCGGCGCGGAUCAUCCGCCAAGUCCUCAGCGGCAUCACGUACAUGCACAAAAAUAAAAUCGUACAUCGGGACCUCAAACCGGAAAACCUGCUCCUGGAAAGCAAAAGCAAGGACGCGAACAUCCGCAUCAUCGACUUUGGCCUCAGCACUCACUUCGAAGCGAGCAAGAAGAUGAAGGACAAAAUCGGAACUGCAUACUACAUCGCACCCGAGGUCCUCCACGGCACUUACGACGAGAAAUGCGACGUAUGGUCGACCGGUGUUAUUCUCUACAUCCUUCUUUCCGGUGAGUCUGUACCGCGCAGUGCUUUCCCGGUCUCUCCUCGCUCUUCAAGUUCUUUUUGCUCUUCAAGUUCGUUUUGCUCUCCAGGUCUCCCGGUGUACCUGCAGAAAAGAGAGAUAAAAUCUUGUGUUGCUUUCUAUGUGGGGAUGCAGAGGGAUGCAUGUGCACUCAUAUAUCUGGGAACGCAGGAUGCCAGAGCAGGCGCAUUUUUCCCCGACGAGAAGCCAAGAUGCCCACCCUUCAAUGGAGCAAACGAGUACGACAUCCUGAAGAAGGUUGAGAAAGGCAAGUACACCUUUGAACUGCCUCAGUGGAAGAAAGUGUCAGAGAGCGCAAAAGAUUUGAUUCGCAAAAUGCUGACCUACGUCCCCAGCAUGAGAAUCAGCGCGCGAGAUGCUCUGGACCACGAGUGGAUCCAGACCUACACGAAGGAGCAGAUCAGCGUGGACGUUCCGUCUCUGGACAACGCCAUUCUCAACAUCCGACAGUUCCAAGGCACUCAGAAGCUCGCGCAAGCUGCGCUGCUCUACAUGGGCUCGAAACUGACAAGCCAAGACGAAACGAAGGAACUGACGGCCAUCUUCCAUAAGAUGGACAAGAAUGGAGACGGGCAACUGGACCGUGCAGAGCUCAUCGAAGGGUACAAGGAGUUGAUGCGGAUGAAGGGCCAAGAUGCGAGCAUGCUCGACGCGAGCGCUGUUGAACACGAAGUUGACCAGGUCUUGGACGCAGUCGACUUCGACAAAAACGGCUACAUCGAGUACUCUGAGUUCGUCACCGUGGCGAUGGACAGAAAGACGCUGCUUUCGCGAGAACGCCUGGAGCGCGCCUUCCGGAUGUUUGACUCCGACAACUCAGGAAAGAUUUCUUCCACUGAGCUGGCCACCAUCUUUGGCGUCUCCGACGUGGACAGCGAAACAUGGAAGAGCGUGCUGUCUGAGGUCGACAAGAAUAACGACGGCGAAGUCGACUUUGACGAGUUUCAACAGAUGCUCUUGAAGCUCUGCGGAAACUAAAAGCUUGCACUCUCCCUGUGCGUGACGUCUAUUCUCCCCCAGACUCCCGUGCACCCCUCUCUUUUGCCGUAAAUCCUGCGGUGGCCCUCUCCGACUUCACAGCCCAAGACGAGAAAGCUGCAGAAUCGGGUGCCAGCUUCAGAGGGGAGCGAACAGAGAGCAGAGAGACGCGGAAGCUGUCCUGGCGGGAGGCUCCUUCUUCUUCACGGACCCGUUGUGGGACGUGCACUCUUUUGAGUGUGGGGUUCUGAGCAAGUUGUCUCGGGAUCAUCGGUGCUCUUGGCGUCAAUAACGCAUUUCCAUUUUCGCUCUUCCUCUCGGCGUCAAUCACGCUUUUUCGUUUUCUCUCUACUUCUCUUCAAAGAGAGACCUAGCCUAAGCCAAAAAAAGGGGGAGGCAGUUGUCAGCCGGUGAUCCUCACGCGUUCGAGCCACUGUGUGUGCAUGUAAUAAUGUAUUUGUUUACUUACGCAUGCAUCUUUGUCUCGCCGAGACUCCGGACGGAUUUGAGGAGCAGACGAGCUCGACAACGCGCGCGCAUGGAGAACGCGUCCGAGCCGUCUGCCCACAGACCUCGUCCUGCCCCUGGCUGCGCGAGUGCACGAAGAGACCGAGUUCCGUUUUUCGCGCUGCGCUGCAGAGGGAACGUCGAAAUUCGAUGUGCGAGUUCGACUCGAGCCUGCGGCGAGGCGAAACGCUUCAUUUCAGCGAUCUGUUCGUCGAAGCCACCAUUCCCGUGCGUGGGCAUGUAUGCCCUGUCCAUGUUCCUGCGCAUCCUUCCCUCCGAAUGUCCGCAUCCUUCGACUGCCUCCACAUACGCCGAUCUGUGUUUGUACACUUCAUUUCCAGCCGAUUUGUUUCGCUUUUCUCGGGGCUCGUGAGACGUGCUCUGCACAGAAGAAAGAGGAAGCACGACAUGACACAGGCUGUCGCUUGGUCUCGUACGCUCGCUUGAACUUUUUUUCGCGCGGUUCCCGUUGUUGGGUGUGUUUCUCUGGCGCCAUUCGCACAGAAGAGAAAGCAAAAAAACCAGCAGAGGACUCACUGUUCGCGCCGCUGUCGCAGUCACUUGAGGGGGGAGGGGGGGCGUUCACCACCUACUGCAAGGCACCUCGGUCCCGGCUACGCGUCUUCGUUGACUGUCGUAGCGCGCGAAGGAUUUCCGGGUGCCUCGCGAGAGAUGAGGCAGAGAAGACGCCUGGAAACUCGCAAAAGAGGUAUCGAGAGAGAGCGGAAGCAUUCGUCUCGUGAGAAUAAUUUGUGUUCUUUUGAAAGAAGGACGAAGCGAAGGCCGCAGCGAUAUAGACUCACAUCCUCUGCGGCGUUUCUUCGCAAAUGGAGAGUGUGGGGCCUCCUAGGUGUGCCUCAGGUGUUGACUCGAAGCGCAGAGGCCAUCCCUUCCUCGCGCUGCCAUCUCGUCGCUCGUUUUUCGGAGACUCGCGACGCGUUGGCUUUUUCUGCGAGACUUUUGUGUCGUUCCAGGAAACUGAGAUGAGCGCGGGCAGACGCUCACGACGCUCAGGGUACAAGUGCGUGUCAGUUGUCUCAUUUUGCUUCGUGUGGAGAGCAUUGUGUUUCACGCCUCUUGUUCAACGUUUCGCCGGCCGUGUAAACACCGACUGUCUUCAGAGAGAUUCGGUCCACCGGACAAGUACACCAAAACCUGAUAAACGACACAAGACGCCGUCAGCCUCGCGCGUCGCGUUCAGGCCCGACGCCUGUGUAGACUGAGAAGCAGCAGACGAACUUUGCGCGUUUUCCGCACCAGGUUUUAUGUGUCUCUCUUCGCGCAUAAUCGAUGACCAUCCUCACGGAAGACACAGAACCCAGCAUUCUUAAGGAAACAGCUCAGACAGGGCUGCUAGUCUGCUGAUACAUACGGGAAGCAUGCAAUUCUAGGAGACGAUGAGUUCGUCACUCUUCGUCCUGCUGUUUACAGCGUGAUGAGACAUGAGCUUCUCCGACGGUGGUCUUUCC